UUUCUUAGAUUAAAUAGAUAAAUUGUGUAGUUACAGUUAUAUUUGAAUGAUGCAAAAGUUGAGAAGUUUUCUUUGUUAUGAGUGCUAUUAAACAUCAAGAAUUUAGGUCAACAAUGCGACCAACUGAUGUUAAUUUUAAUGAAGUUUGGAUGAAUAUUUGUGGAACUUUGCAAAAUGUAAUAACAUUGACUCCAAUCAAUAGAGCUGAAUGGCAUGAAAGAUUCUCUGACAUAUAUAAAAUAUGUGCAUCUGAUAUUGAAGGGUUAGAUGCAAAACUCUAUUUAAAAACAAAAGAAUUUUUUGAAUCACACUCUAGAAAAAUCUAUCAAAAUAUUUCGACAGAACAAAAUCUAUUAGGAAGUUACCAUAGACAUUGGCUGCAAUAUGAGUAUGGUACUAAUUGUAUUAAUGGUUUGUACAGGUACUUAAAUGACCAUUAUGCUUUGCGUAAAAAAGGCAGUUAUGCUGAGUAUGUGCAGGUACCAACUGCUUACGAAGUUGACAAAAAACCUAUUGGGGCAUUAGCAUUUGAAAUGUGGAAGUCGGAAAUAAUUAAGCCACUGCAAGACUCAUUGAUAAGUGCACUUCUUCAGGAAAUCACAAAAGAUCGUAUGGGUGAACGACCUUCAGUUGCAGUAGUUAAAGGAGUUAUUCAUUCUUUUAUUGAUGUUCAUAACUAUGUAUCUACAGACCCUGAAAAAGAUGGACUAAAGUUAAAACUUUAUCAAACAGCAUUUGAACAACCAGUGCUAUUGGAAACUUCAAAUUUUUAUAAAAACGAAUCAAAUCGUAUUCUCGAAUUUUGCAAUUGUUCUCAAUACAUGGAAAAGGUUGAUUCAAGGUUAGCUGAAGAAAAUUUAAGGGUCCAGAGAUAUCUUCAUCCAAGUACAUUUGAGAAAGUUAUGAAUGUAGCUCAAUCAAGACUUGUUGAGGAUCAUCUCGAAUUACUAACAGGUGAAUGUCGCAGAAUGGUAAAGGAACAGAAGUUUGCAGAUUUAAAAAGAAUGUAUAAACUUUUGAGACCAUUGCCAAAAGGUUUUAAAGAAAUGCUUACUGAGUUUGAAAUACAUAUUACCGAAACUGGACUUGAUCGUGUCAAAUCACUACAUACUGAAAGUGACACUGGUCAGUUUGUAAAUGUUUUGCUUGACUUACAUGUAGAAUAUACUCAAAUUAUUCACACGACAUUUAAAAAAGAUCAAUCUUUUUUUGGAGCAAGGGACAAAGCGUGUACAAAAGUAGUGAAUCACAAAUUGGAUGCAAAGAAACCAUGCAAGUCCCCAGAACUACUCGCAAAAUACUGUGAUUCACUGUUGAAAAAGAAUACCAAAAACUUUCCUGAGACUGAAAUUGAUGAGAAAUUAAAUAAUGUGAUAACAAUUUUCAAAUACUUGGAUGAAAAAGAUAUAUUUCAAAAGUUUUAUUCCAUAUUGCUAGCAAAAAGACUUAUUCAUAAUUUAUCAGUGUCCAUGGAUGCAGAAGAAGGAAUGAUAACUAAGUUAAAGUUGGCGUGUGGAUAUGAAUAUACAAAUAAACUUCACAGGAUGUUUACAGAUAUGGCUAUUAGCAAAGAAUUAGAGUCUAAAUUUUCAGAUUUUUUAAGAGGAAGCAAUACUGAACUUGGAAUUAAUUUUUCAGUACUUAUUUUGCAGUCUGGAGCUUGGCCACUUGGUCAGUCAGUUUCGCCAUCAGUUAUGUUACCCUCAGAAUUUUCUAGAAGUGCCCAAAUGUUCAAAACAUUUUACAACAGUAAGUUCAAUGGUCGAAAACUUACUUGGCUUCAAAACCUUUCAAACGGGGAAGUGAAAUUAACCUACUUAAAAAAGCCGUAUCUUGUAACAUGCACAACAUAUCAAAUGGCUGUUCUUCUUUUAUACAACGACUCUGAUUCACUUUCUUACAAUGAUAUUAAGUUAAGUUGCGAGUUAGAAGAAAAAGAAUUAAAAAGAACAUUACAAUCGAUUGUAGAUGUAAAGAUAUUUUUUAAAUCACCAGAAGAUGUUGAAGAUCUCUGUUUAUGUUCAUUUUCAUUAAAUCUGCGUUUUGCAAAUAAACGAACUAAAUUCAAGAUUACAGCAGCUUUGCAAAAAGAAACACCUCAAAUUAUCGAGCAGACUCAUGUAGCGGUCGAUGAAGAUCGAAAGAUGUAUACACAGGCUGCUAUUGUUCGCAUCAUGAAAUCGCGUCAGAUUUUACGACAUAACAUCCUUAUACAAGAGGUCAUUGACCAGUCUCGUGCAAAGUUUUCUCCUUCUACUCAAAUGAUUAAAAAAUCAAUUGAGGCCCUGAUUGAAAAAAACUACAUUGAACGAGUUUCUGGAUCACGAGACGAGUACAGUUACGUUGCAUAAUUUGACUAAUCCCCGACUUUAUGUAAAAAACUAAAAAAGCGAUAAUUUUGUUUACAUUUUUAUAAGAUUUAACUUAUAAAUUUUUCUCAUACUGUA